GACAAAGAAAAGCUCUUUAUAUUCUCCUGUUUUUCCCCAUUCUUUCAUAUUCUAGAUCUUAUUCCGGCGAGACCAUUGGAUGAUGAUGAUUUGCAAUGCAAAUACUCUGUUCCCCCCACUCUUCUCAUCAGAGAGAAUUCUCUCCCGCCAGCUUGUAUCCGGAAGCGGAUAUUAUUACUUACUACUCCUACCUAUCAUCUGUGACUAAGGAAUCUGAAUGAAUGGAUGAAUGCAGGAAAAGAAUACAAUACCUGUAAAAACCGGGACAGAUUCUAAAAGUCUGGCUACAUUCCAUUCGGAGAAAAGGGUCGAAUGAAAAGAAAGGAGGGGGCCAAUAAUUCUGUCUAACCCCAGUUUGCCGACAUCCUGACGUCCGAGGCUAGAUAGAGCCUUCUCUUUUGAACUUGCUAUACAGUUAUACGGGCGAUCAACGGGGGGUUCCAGGAAUCGGAGGAGUCCCUCGUCUUUUUUUAACGGAUUACGCAUCUGUGAGAGGGGCAUACCCGUGUUGGGAACGUCGGAUCUACGGAUGCAUCCGAGGGCACUGAGAUGGCUUACAUUAACCAUGGGGGAAGGAAGAGGAAUAGGAGCAGGAGGAGCAGGCCGUCAUCAUUGUCGUCAUUACCAUCACUAUCAUAGUUGUUGCAGUCUCCUUCGAUUUAACCGUCAAUCGAAACAUCCACUAUUAUCCUUCUUCUCAGCCGACACAGCUGCCUUGUCACGACGUCACCACCAGGAUGUGGUCCACAGCUCGUCUAUCCGGGACCCGGAGAAUUUCUGGUCUCACCAUGCACAAGAGGUGUCAUGGCACAGAAGACCGUCCCGAGCCCUUACCCUCAAUUCGAAGACCCUCUCCAGUGGGGUCAUCCACGACCACUGGGCUUGGUUCCCUGACGGUGAAAUCUCUACUACCUACAAUUGUGUUGACAGGCACGUUGAACGCGGCAAUGGCGACAAUCUCGCUAUUAUCUGGGAGUCCCCAGUGACAGGGUCGAAGGAGAAACUUACCUAUCGUCAGCUCCUAGAUGAAGUUGAGGUUCUUGCUGGGGUGUUGCGUGGGGAAGGUGUGCAGAAAGGGGAUGUCGUACUUAUCUACAUGCCCAUGAUCCCUGCCGCGCUUAUUGCCGCGCUAGCUAUUGUCCAUUUGGGAGCCAUUCACACGGCUGUAUUCGGUGGAUUCGCAUCCAAAUCACUUGCGCAGCGGAUUGAAUCGACCAAGCCGAAGGUGAUCAUGACCGCCUCAUGUGGCAUUGAAGCGUCCAAGGGUCCACUUGCUUACCGGCCACUCGUUGAGGGUGCGAUCGAAGCCAGUAGUUUCAAGCCGGAGAAAAUUCUAAUCUGGGAAAGAGACCAGCUACGGUGGGAGAUGCCAGAUAAGGCGAGUGGGCAGCGGAACUGGCAAGAGCUUGUCAAGGAUGCCCGCCUACGUGGCACUAAGGCAGGUCGGGUGCCAGUAAAGAGCACCGAUGGACUCUAUGUCAUUUCCACUAGCGGUACAACUGGGCUCCCGAAAGGUAUCCUCCGAGAAGCAGGCGGGCAUGCCGUGGGACUCUAUCACUCGAUUAAGUAUUUGUUCGGUAUUCAAGGCCCGGGGGACGUCAUGUUCUGCACUUCAGAUAUUGGUUGGGUGGUUGGUCAUUCAUACAUCUUGUACGGACCGCUUCUCGUUGGUGCCACGACUGUUCUCUUCGAGGGAAAGCCCGUGGGCACACCAGAUGCAGGUACCUUCUGGCGCAUUGUGGAAGAGCAUAAAGUCAAUGUACUCUUCACAGCACCUACAGCUCUUCGUGCGAUCUGCAGAAGUGACCCGGACAAUCGAUUCUUCGAAGAAGUCGGUAGGCGGGGCGGCCUAAAGCACUUGAGGGCUCUCUUCCUCGCAGGCGAGAGAAGCGAGCCCGGUAUCGUUCAAACAUACCAAGGGCUUUUGACCAAACAUGCCGCGCCGGGCUCUAUAGUGGUUGACAACUGGUGGUCGUCCGAAUCCGGAUCACCGAUCUCGGGGCUAGCGCUGCGAAGCACCGUGGGGACGACAAGUGCGGGAAAGGAGACGCAACAGCAAGGAAAUGAAGUAGUAGUCAAGCCUCUACUAGCCAAGCCUGGUUCAGCAGGAAAGCCAAUGCCAGGGUUCGAUGUCCGAGUCGUGGAUGACGAUGGCCAUGAAGUCCCGAGAGGAACCAUGGGAAAUAUCGUCAUGGCAGUACCACUAGGGCCAACGGCAUUCAGGACUCUUUUCGAUGACGAAGACAGGUUCUACCGAGGAUACCUAAGACGAUUCGACGGGCGAUGGAUAGACACGGGAGACGCAGGUAUGAUCGACGACGAUGGCUACAUACACAUCAUGUCACGAUCAGACGAUAUUAUUAAUGUAGCUGCUCACCGUUUCAGUACGGGCGCAAUCGAACAAGCUAUCUUAUCCCACCCAGAGGUAGGCGAAGCCAGCGUCGUCGGUAUCCCAGAUACGCUCAAGGGCCAUCUCCCAUUCGCAUUUAUCCAGUUCCGCUGCGGAUCCAGCAACAUCCCUGCCACUCCGACUCAGGAGUUAUUCGACUCCAUCAACCAUCUCGUGCGGGACCAGAUAGGGGCCAUCGCAUCAUUAGGCGGGAUGAUCCAGGGUCGCGGCAUGAUUCCCAAGACUCGGAGCGGCAAAACGCUACGACGGGUCCUGCGCGAGUUAGUCGAGAAUGGCGUACAAGGGAAGUACGAUGCCGCUGUGAACGUGCCCCCGACGGUGGAAGACACGGAUGUAGUCGAAGUGGCGCGGACCAGAGUUAGGGAGUAUUUCGAAGAACGGAAGCGGAACGAAGGAAAAGUCAAAGCGAAACUGUAG